AGACACAUUUGGAAAUAUAUUCAUUAGCAAAAGAAUUUAAUCAGCUUAAAAUGUUCUAUCAAACAAACGACGAUUAUGAGUUAGAAUUAAAAGAAACAUUAAAUAAAAAAGAAUCUUCUCUUGAAAAUAUAGAAUAUAACAAUAUACAAAAAAUACAAAAAUCUGAUAACCAAAUUCUUGCGCCUUUACAAAUCGAAAAAUUUCAAAAAAUAUUUGCUCAACAUACUAUUAAAGAAAGUGAUGAUGAGCAAGAAACUGACGAGAAAGUGACGGUUAUUUUAGAUCAGCAGGAAAAGGAGGCUUUUUUUGUUAAACUUCAUACAUUAGUUUGCUGUAAAACUAAAAUGUGUUUAACUACAAUUGAUCAUGAACUUGCGUUUCAAACUUUUGAUAGUAUUCGAAAAUUAUCAAAAACAGAAUAUAACAUGCUUCUUUUAGGAAUGCUUCAUGCAAUGAUUCGUUCUAAAGAUACAACUUUGCAUGGUAAAGAAAAACAAUACUUAACCGUUAAAUAUACUUUUGAUAAUAAUGAAAUUUGCGAAAUAGCUUUUCGAACUAUAUAUUCACUAUCAGAAAAAAAAUGGAGAAAUAUUCGUAACCAUUACCGGGACAAUGGUAUUAAACCAAUGGUACACGCACUUACAGGAAGAAAAUCUUAUCGCGCUUUAUCAUUUGCGACUAUUUUAAAUGUUCUUACAUUUAUAAUUAACUAUUCAAAUUGUCAUGGAUUGCUAUCACCGGGUAAAUUGAUAUAG